AUGAUUUCUACCAUGGUUCGCCCGGAGGAUACUCUGAGAAUGCCUCACUCAUACCGAGAUCUCGAAGAGGAAGAUGCCAGUCGACAUAACCCGGAAUCAGCGGCGCCCUCAUCUUCAUCGUCAUCUAAUACUGAAGGGUCAACCAAGAGUGAGGAUGAAGCCACAUUGGUCAACGAGUCUAUCGGGGAUAGAAGCAACAAAUCUGCAAAGUCGCGUGAACCGCUUACCCCGGAGGAAACAAUCCAGCUUGCGCGCCGAGCGGUAGAGAAUGGGAUUCAAGAAACGAAACGCUCCUUGGCAGGAAGUGAGGCAGUUGGUGAUGUGGUCAAGCCGAAGUUGACCAUCGAUUUGGGUCACUCAAACAUUAGUCGCAUCCCGGAGCCCGUUGUGGAUGCUAUCAAGGAUGAAGUGGAACGACUCUCGUUAUCGAACAAUCAGCUGGUGCAUAUACCCUACCGGUUUGCAGAGUGCGCUCAUCUUCGUUAUCUUAAUGUCAGAGCCAACAACUUCCGUGAAUUUCCUAGAGGAGUGAUUAAACUGCCACUACUCGAGAUAUUGGAUUUGAGCCGCAACAAGAUAAGCCAACUUCCGGAAGAAAUUAAAAAGUUGACAUCUCUCCGAGUCCUGUCGGUGAUGCAGAACCGUCUUGACGACCUACCACUUGGUGUGUCAGAUAUGAACAAACUUCAGAUCCUCAAAGUAGCCGGAAAUCCUCUGCGACAUCCGCUCCGCAAAGCAAUAGAAACAUCUGAGCUUGAGAUUGCGUCUUCGACAAUGAGUGAUAACGAGAAGGAAGUUGCUUUAACAGCUGAAUUAAAAAGAUAUCUCAAGACGCGGCAGCCUGCUACCCCUAACGACUUUGAAAAAAGCAACGAAAGUGACGGAGUCUUGGACACUCCGAAGCCUGUCAAAAGGGGGGUGAGCAGUCGCUUCCCAGUUAUCCCGAGCACCGGCGACAGCACUGAUCCCAAGUCCCCGUCAUUAACCCGGCCGCCUCCCAUUCCCCUCAAGUCCCAUUACCGCAUUGCUUCUGGACAUGGCGGUGCCUUGCAUGGCCUCCAGCGACCCGGACCCAUCCCGGGGGCUAACGAGCGGAACCGAAGCAAUAGCGAGGGCAUUAUACAAGCCUCCUUUGCCACACGAUCUAAGCGCAUGGGAGUCGUCAGUCGGAAAAAUACCGACUUGGGCACGUUGGAUGAGAUGCGACCGUACCGAAAUAGCCAUCUCCGUGGACUCAGUUAUGGCUCUAUCCUUCGGACAAGGCCAUCCAUCAGCAAUUCAUCUAGUCCUAGCAGUCCAAGGGAGCGCAGGAGACCCAGAGAUGGAUUCGUGAAUCGGAUGUCGAGCCUGCCAGAGCACAAGGGCGAAUGGGAAACUGGUGACCCUAUUAUAAGAAGUGCUAAAGGAAUUCUCUUCGCCCUUUUCCAAGUCCAGUCUCAUGUCUAUGCGCUGAUCAAUGUCAUAAAACGGGAUGACCACCGUCGAAACAGCCUCGAAAUUGUCUUCUAUAAUGCUUCUACGCAUGUGGAUAGACUUAACGAAGCUCUUGAAAUUGCAGAAAAGUCACGGGCAGACGAUGCAGAGCCCAUGCGAGCCUCAUAUGAGGCGGUCAAAAGGGAAUGCGAGACGUGUAUCAUGGCGUAUUCUCAUGUUGGAACCCAGCUACGCAACAGUCUUGACAGAAUCGUUGCCAACGGCGACUCGCGCUAUAUUCGUUCGCUGAUGCUUAUGAUAUUCGGUAGCGUGGUUGAGCUUCGCAACGCUUGUGCUUGCUUGGAAGUGCCCGUUGGGUCUCGACCGAAGCCUACCGCAAGACCCCCAGUUCCUGAGAUCAGCAGAGAGUCCGCGGACUCUGACAGGUUCCAUGGUCCAACUGUUACCCCAACGCGUGGUAGAGAGCCGUCGUUCUCGACCCGUCGGCUCCGUAGCGAUACAACAAUUCUACAUCCACAAAUCGGCAUGAAUGGGCCAUUACCAGCCUCAGCGACAUUCCAGUCCGCCGUUAGCUCUCCGGGCUUUGCUUCGACUCCGUUUAGCUAUGGGGCGCGAAGCCGGUCAAGCAGUCGGUCAAAUCAUAUCAAUACCUCUAUACCUUCGUCUCUUGCUACCCCUCGGUCAGGCGAGUCGUUCCCCCCAAUGCCCACCUCGGUCGUACCUAGAAUCAACCCCUUGACGGGCUUAGACGAGAUAGAAGAGGAGCGAAUCUUCGAAAAGAUCUUCUAUCAGCUCACCGCUGCAUAUACAGCUGCUCUUCAAGCAUUACCUGUUGCCCGCCGCCACUUCACAAGAAACCUUGAGGUCGCGGAGCAGAAUCGAGAAUUUGAAGACAUUCAAAUGCUCUGGAACAAUCUCAUUCGCCGCUGCCGAGUAUGCUUGGAGGUAUCCGAAGCUCUCGGGCUUCGUCUGUCCAAUAUGAAAAUCAAGGAGCCAGGCGGCGGGAUGCGAAACCAGCGCGAGUUUUGGCAACUCUGCAAAGCCUUUAUGCAGUCUUUUGUCGAGUUAGUAACGGAUAUGCGCGAAGUGCGGAGCAUGCAUCUACUCCCAUCUGAAGUGAUCGUGAUCCUUCGACCGGUCCAAAAGUCUAGCAGAGAAGCAGGUCGCUUGAUUGAGGCUUCUCCAUGGUCAUAUCUUGCAGACAUGGCCCCCGGGAAUGCUCCUCCGGCCAUAUACGGGCCCCCUUUGCCGUCUCAAAGUUCACAUCAUCAGCAGCAGCAGCAUCAUCAUCAUCAUCACCAACAUCACCAUCAGCUCAACACAAGUCUUUCGCCUUCUAUUGCCCUUCCGGCAACGCCCCUUAGCGCUGCUCUUGGGCCAGCAGCACAGGCGACCGUACCUUCCACACCCGCAAGUGCAUACAGCGACAAGUUCUUCGAGGGUGACGUCUUCCAGCGAGCCGACUCCUUGCUGUCAAUGCCAAACCAGGCACCGUUCUUCUCACGACGAUGA